CCGUCCCGGGCCCCCACCGGGAAGGCGCGAGGGCAGCGCCCGCGUCGCGGUGGCAGGGCUCCGACUGUCACGUUCAGUCCCUGCUGGCUGCUGUUACCGUCCCCAGCUUCCUCGCCCCUCCUCCCUCAUCCCUAGCCCGGGUUAGGAGGCGAUUCCCCUCUAGCGACUGAGCGGAUCGCGUCUGGGCAAGCAGCGCUUCGCCUCCCUCUGGUCUUUGUCUCCUUCUCCUGCGAGGCUCCUGGGCCCGGCGCAGGGUCUGCGGCGGCCGCCGCAGCAGCGGGAGACAAGCGGUCCCUCGCACGGCCGCUUGCGGCCGCACCCUCUCUCGGUGGAGGCGCGGGAGGACGCCAGCUUAGCCACGCACCGCCGGCGUCCCGCGCUCCAGCCGCGGCGCACAAGCGCCGCCGCCGCGACCGGAGAACUAGCCCGCCUGGCCGGCCGGGUCCGAAGCAGGCGGCCCGGCUGGCAGUCAGGCAGGGAUAGCGGUCGCUGCAGGUUUGGCAGCGCGCACGCCGCCAGCCAGACGCACCCACCGCCUCCUCCCUGCGCCACGAGGAUGGAGCAGCCACCCCGGCCCGGGACUGGCGCAAGGUGCCCAAGCAAGGACAGGAACAAUGAAGAGAAACGUGUGUUAGUUGCAGCCCUCUGAACCACGCAAGAAAGAAAAUCAACAGUGUGGACAGGUCUGGAACCAUUACCCCACUUGUUUGUUGGAAUAAAUGAGGAAUGGGCUGGUGAUUAUGCUGACAUUCCAGCAUGAAUCUGGUAGACCUGUGGUUAACCCGUUCCCUCUCCAUGUGUCUCCUCCUACAAAGUUUUGUUCUUAUGAUACUGUGCUUUCAUUCUGCCAGUAUGUGUCCCAAGGGCUGUCUUUGUUCUUCCUCUGGGGGUUUAAAUGUCACUUGUAGCAAUGCAAACCUCAAGGAAAUACCUAGAGAUCUUCCUCCUGAGACAGUCUUAUUGUAUCUGGACUCCAACCAGAUCACAUCCAUCCCCAAUGAGAUUUUUAAGGACCUCCAUCAACUAAGAGUUCUCAACCUGUCCAAAAAUGGCAUUGAGUUUAUUGAUGAGCAUGCCUUCAAAGGAGUAGCUGAAACUUUGCAGACUCUGGACUUGUCUGACAACCGGAUUCAAAGCGUGCACAAAAAUGCCUUCAAUAACCUGAAGGCCAGGGCCAGAAUUGCUAACAACCCCUGGCACUGCGACUGUACACUCCAGCAAGUUCUGAGGAGCAUGGCGUCCAAUCAUGAGACAGCCCACAACGUGAUCUGCAAGACUUCUGUGCUGGAUGAGCACGCAGGGAGACCAUUCCUCAAUGCUGCCAAUGACGCCGACCUUUGUAACCUCCCUAAAAAAACUACUGACUAUGCCAUGCUGGUCACCAUGUUUGGCUGGUUCACCAUGGUCAUCUCUUACGUGGUGUAUUAUGUGAGGCAAAAUCAGGAGGAUGCAAGAAGGCACCUUGAAUACUUGAAAUCCCUGCCGAGCAGGCAAAAGAAAGCAGAUGAACCCGAUGACAUUAGCACUGUGGUCUAGGGUCCAAACUGACUGGCAUGGAGAGAGAAAUCCGCUUGGGAUUGCAGUAGAAUAAGUGGUUUACUUCUCUCACCCAUUGUAAACAUUAAAAACUUUGUAUCUCCGUUUCUUUUGAAUUACGCCACUUUUGAAUUAUGCCACUGUUGAACUUUUAACCAACAUGACGACAUAAGAAAUCAUUUUAGUUUAGGCGACCCACCCCUUAAUGGUACCCCCGGUGGUAUAUUCCUGAGUAAGCAACUCUCUGAACGUUAGUUAGAUCCAUCUCACUAUUUAAUAAUGAAAUUUAUUUUUUUAAUUUGAAACCAAAUAAAAGCUUAACUUUCAACCA